AUGGACAAAGCAGCACCGGGGCGGGGCCAUUGGCCGCGGAGCUCCGAGCCCGAGGAUGAGCGGCGGCGGCGGCGGCUUCCCGGCGCGUCCCGGCCCGGCGCUGUCUGCCCGCGGUGCCCGCAUCGCCGCAGGCGUGCCGGGGCUGCUGGACGGGGGCUUCGCCCUCUACGUCUCCGAUCCCUUCGACCGGGAGCGCAACCCCGAGGUGCGGGCGGCGGCCAGGGGGCUGCGGGGAAACGGCGCUCUGCCGGUGUGGUUCAGUGUCGUCUCUUCCAGGGCAUCGUGAACCUGGGGACCAGCGAGAACAAGCUGUGCUUUGAUUUGAUAGAGGAGAGACUCACACGGCCUGACAUGGACUGCCUGCAGCCCGAUCUCUUCCAGUACCCUGACACGCAGGGUGCGAGGAGCUUCAGAGAAGAAAUUGCCAAAUUUCUGACUCACUAUGCCAGAGCCACAAAAGAACUUAGACCAGAACAUAUCACUGUCAUGAAUGGCUGCUGUGCAGUUUUUGCCACUCUGUCAACUGUGCUGUGUGAUCCUGGUGAUGGAUAUCUUAUUCCAGCUCCUCACUAUGGUGGUAUAAAUUCAAAAAUGUGGCUAUAUGGUGGACUGCAGCCCGUGCAUGUGCCCUUGUCCAGUGAGGUGACUAACGAAGAAACUCACCCUUUCCAGUUAACAGCUGAAAAAUUAGAAGCUGCACUACAGAGAGCUAAAAAGCAGGGCAUCAGAGUGAGAGCAUUAGUCCUCAUCAACCCUAACAACCCCUUAGGGGACAUUUACCCAGCGCAGUUACUGAAGGAAUGCCUUGACUUUGCACACAGACAUGAACUGCAUGUAAUAAUGGAUGAAAUCUACAUGCUGUCUGUUUAUGAUGAUACCCCCUUCACCAGUGUUCUUAGCUUAGAUAGUUUACCAGAUCUUGAACGAACACAUUUCAUGUGGGGUUUUAGCAAGGAUUUUGGUAUGAGCGGGAUCAGAGUUGGGGUACUGUACACCAGAAAUCAUGAAGUUCAGAAAGCUGUGAAUCAACUAGCUGUCUUCCACAGCUGUCCUGGGCCCGUUCAGCAUGUUCUCACUCAAUUCCUUAAGGACAGAGAUUGGUUGGAUAAUGUGUUUUUUCCCACCAACAAGAAGAGACUUAAGGAAGCACAAAAUCUUCUUGUGGAUGGACUUGCAGACAUUGGAAUACCUGUGCUGAAAAGUUCAGGAGGACUCUAUGUGUGGGCAGACUUCAGAAAAUUCUUAAAAUCACAGACAUUUGAAGCUGAACUCGAACUAUGGCAGAAGCUCCUUGAUAAGAAACUCCUGAUUAGUCCUGGAAAAGCUUUUUAUUGUUAUGAACCUGGAUGGUUUCGGCUAGUUUUCUCUGAUUCUGUGAAUAAGAUUUAUUUAUGUAUUGAGAGACUUCAGCAAAUGCUGCAUGCUGAUGAUGCCAAACCAGUUGUAAACAACACAUCUUCUACUGCAGACUCUUCAUGCAGCCCAGAAAAAGAUUCUUCUGGCAUACCAUCAAAUACACCACGAGAUGAUGCCUCCCAGCUAAAAAAUAUAUUUGUUUUUUAAAUUUAUCUGUGUGUUUAAUUACUGAUGAAAUUUAGCAUGCUUAUGUUUACUAAAGGAUUACAUUACUUAGGUAUUUUUGGCUGUAACAUUGCAUAACAGCCUCA